AGUCAACCCGGAAAUAGUCGGACAUAUUUUCCUGAACACUCCGAGCUUCCGUCAUGUCUUUUUGAAAUGUUUGAUUACGUUUUUUCCGACUUAGCAUACCAAUUCACUGUGAGAAUUGCGUGGUAAUUAUGGUACAACAGCGUUUUUGUCUUUUUUUUUGGAGGGGUUGUUGUCAUUUGUAAUUGUUGAUAAACGAGGUGCUGUGGUGGUGUGAAGCAUAAGUGUCGCGGUCUCUUUUGCUUUCCACUUGAAAGCCGACAUGUCCACGCUUUUCCCCUCCUUGUUUCCCCGCAUCACCGAGUCUCUGUGGUUCAACUUGGACCGACCCUGCGUCGACGAGACGGAGCUGCAGCAGCAGGAACAGCAGCACCAAACCUGGUUGCAGAGUAUUGCUGAGAAGGACAACAAUCAACUGCCAAUUGGGAAAACUAUUUUUGAGGGAGGAGGAUACGAGGAGGAGGAAGAGGAGGACGACGAAGAUGAGGAAGACAGCGAGGAGGACUCUGAAGAUGAAGAAGACAUGCAGGACAUGGACGAGAUGAAUGACUACAAUGAGUCGCCCGACGACGGCGAGAUCAAUGAGGUGGACAUAGAAGGACAUGACCAAGAUCACGACCAGUGGAUGAUUUGACAAAGACUUUGGGGGUUUUUCUGCUUAUCAGCAAAACAGGACUGUGCUUGAAAUGCAGCAAUUUACUCUCACUGCGGUUGACACGAUACUCUCUUCCCACGUAUGUAAUUCGGCACAUUUGCAUAAUCUAAUGAGAUCCAAUAUAGGUUAUUAAAAAAAAUCCAGGCUUUAGAAAGAUAAUGCUUGCUUUUGAAUGACAGUGUCACUUUUUUUUUUUAAAUAACUUUGUGACCACACUUUUUGAUCACAAUAGAUUGUGCAGGUGAUGUUGUGUUUGGUGAGUGUAUGUCAAUAACAUAUGCACAUCGCUAAAUACAUAAAUGUGCUAUGAUAACAGGGGAAAAGGUCCUAAAAUGAGAUUUAGCCAUACAUACAGUUUAUUUAAAAAAAAAUGAAAAAUCAUCCCUCAACUGCAGUGUUUUGCAAGACAAACUGAAGCUUUUGAAUUUCACCCCAAACCCACAAAUCAAACAGUUAUGAAGUAUUGCCGGAUAUUACGAUAUUAUAUUUAUUAUAUUGCAACUGUAAAAGUUGCUCCUCGUACAAAUUUUUGCACAGGAAAUAAUGAUUGAAAAUAUUGAACCAACGAACACCCGGGCUUUGUCAUAUUGUUACAGCUUCAAACUAAACUUUGACUUAAAUCAUUUUCAAUAUUGUCUUACUGUAUAUAUUAAAAAUGUACUUGGGAUACCAUU